CUUCUUCUUCUAUAUACAUCACUCCCACAAUCCAAUCUUAAUUACUAUUAAUAUACCUACUCAAAUACUAUUAUCAAUAAUAAUAUUUUCAUAAAAUACGCAUCUUUAUCUGAAUAAAACAACCUUAAUUCAAUCAAAUAAUUUUGUAUCAGUUAAUUUAUUAUAGUUGUAGUAAGUGACGGUUAAUUAAUACUUUGUACGUAUAUAUAUACAUAGAGAGAGAAAGAGGAUGUGAUAAAAAAGAGUAAUGUGUAUAUAAUAAGUUUGUGUGUGGUGGCAUAUAUAUAUUUGUGUUGUUGUUGACUAUAGUGUGUGUGAGUGAGGUUAUGGCCGAGUCCGAUAACGAUUCCGGAGGUCAUGCCGGAAACACGAGUGGAGGGAAUGAAUUCUCGGGGUGCAGAGAGCAAGACAGGUUCCUUCCAAUAGCAAACGUGAGCAGGAUCAUGAAGAAGGCGUUGCCGGCGAACGCGAAGAUCUCGAAGGAGGCGAAGGAAACCGUGCAGGAGUGUGUGUCGGAGUUCAUCAGCUUCAUAACAGGUGAAGCAUCUGAUAAGUGCCAGAAGGAGAAGAGAAAAACUAUCAACGGUGAUGACCUACUGUGGGCCAUGACCACACUGGGGUUUGAGGAGUAUGUGGAGCCUCUCAAGGUUUACCUGCACAAGUAUCGGGAGAUGGAGGGGGAGAAAACUGCUAUGAUCGGAAGGCCACAGGGCGGUGGUGGUGGUGGUGGUGGUGGAGGUAGUGGCGGUGGUGAUCAGAGGGAUGAGGCUUAUGGCCAUGGCCAUGCUCAUGGAGGUAUGGUGCCAAACUCUAUGAUGGUCAUGAUGGGGCAUCAGGGACACGUGUAUGGAUCUGGGAGUGCUGGAUCAGCAUCUUCUGCAAGAACUAGAUAGUAGCAGGUUUAUGCAUGUGUCUGUUUAAGCUUAAUUGAUUCUAUAAGAUGAUUAUCAUUAAUUUAUAUUCGUAUAUGUUUGUUUUAGAAGCAGCUCCACCUUGUAAUUGCUUGUUGAAAUUUCGUCGUUGAGAAUAUAGACAUUAUAUAUCAUGGAUGAUGGUGAUGUGGCAUGCACAGAAUUUUUGUAUUUUUCUUUAUGUUUUUAUGUGUAUUUGUUUUCUGAUCCUGGUA